AUGAACCCUAAAAAGAAUUCUGGGAGAAGCGUCGCCAUCUCCAAGCGAAAAGCUCAGCCAAAUGCUCUAGACACUCUAGGCGAGAACCCAACGGAGGAUGAAAUCAAGACUGCUGUUGCCCACGUCGCUUUGGCUGAUCUCGAGGAGAGAGUUGCCGAUGUUCGAGAGUCGUGGGAAACCGAUUCCUUAUUCGAGGAUGCCUUUGAAGAGUUGAGUAGUGAAAAUACCGUGGCGCUUGAUGACCCCAAAGUGUGUACACCAGAGGAAGCUAGCAGGCUUCGUCGGGAACUCCGAGAGUAUGGUCCAGCCGUAUUUUGCCAACGCACUGUCGAUGCUGGUCACUAUACCGCCAGAAAGCUUCUCAGCGCUUUUGGCAUUCGCCCUCCCGCUUUCCUUGAGGGCGAGAAUGAUGAUGCCUACUUCCACCUGCUAUCGCUGGCCAUCACGCGUGAGCUGGGCAAGCGCGCCAAGAUUUUGCAUUACAACACGGUAGACGACGCUGUUGAUUUAAUUGCAAACUGCAACAACAUUGUUCUCAUAACCGGAGCUGGGAACCGGUCUCUACUCCAAGCUCGAGCAUCUUGGUCUCAGUGA